AUGGCUCCUUGUGCACCAAAGAUGAUUGCAAACAAGGUUGAAAUUGACAAGCUCAACGACUCUGAUCAGCCUUGGACUGCUAUUGUCACUGUCAAGGAGAAGCAAAAUCCAUUCGGCCACUAUACUAAAACCGAAAAGAUGGUAUUUAGCAAUGAAAAGGGUGCUAAAGUAGAAGGUAUUUUGUUCGGACAAGCCGUCAGCAUCAUGGGACCACGAUUCCAGACGUGUAGAAAAUACCGAGUCUCCAACGCACCUAUCCGGUACAUUAAACCAGAAUAUAGGUCUCGUGGUCUUUCCAAACAAUGGGUCAUUGGUAUUGGGACGGUUGUUGAAGAGGCUAAUGAACCUAUUACUACUCUUGUGACCAAGGAGCAAUACACGCUCUUUGAUUCCCUUAAUGAUUUUGCUGGUGUUCAAGAUGGUUUUGUUGGGAAGUGUAUUUGUUUUACUUAA